GCAACAUGGCACAAGCGAUUCAACUUGAUCAAGGAAGAUUUUGCUGCUCAGUCUGUCUGGAUCUACUGAAUGAUCCAGUGACUAUUCCCUGUGGACACAGCUACUGCAUGAGCUGCAUUAAGAACCACUUAGAUCAAGAGGAUCAUCAGAGGAUGUACAGCUGCCCUCAGUGCAGGCAGAUCUUCAAGUCAAGGCCUGCUGUGGUGAAAAACAACAUAUUGGCAUUUGUGUUGGAGGAGCUGAAGAAGACUACAGUCCAAGCUGCUCCUGCCGAUCACUGCUAUGCUGGACCUGAAGAUGUGGCCUGUGAUGUCUGCACUGGGAGGAAACUGAAAGCCUUCAAAUCCUGUCUUCAGUGUCUGGCUUCGUAUUGCGAGAAACACCUCCAGCCUCACUAUGAUGUAGCUCCCUUAAGGAAACACAAGCUGGUGGAAGCAAGUGCAAAGCUCCAGGAGAACAUCUGCUCUCGUCAUCAAGAGGUGAUGAAGUUGUUCUGCCGUACUGAUCAGCGUUGCAUCUGUUACCUCUGUUCGAAGGAUGACCAUAAAGGCCAUAACAAAGUCUCAGCUGCAGCAGAGAGGACUGAGAGGCAGAGAGAACUUUGGAUGACUCGUCAUAAAAUCCAGCAGAGGAUUCAGGACAAAGAGAAAACUGUGGAUUUGUUCCAUCAUGAGGAAAAUGCUGUAAAAAACUCUGCUGAUAAUGCGCUGAAAAACACUGAGAAGACCUUCACAGAACUGAUCCAUAUCAUGGAGAGAAGAGUCUCAGAUGUAAGGGAAAAGAUUCAAUCUCGGCAGAAAACUGAAAUGGGUCGUUUCAAAAAGGUUCGGGAAAAGCUGGAGCAGGAGAUCACUGAGCUGAAGAGGAAAGAUGCUGAGCUGGAGAAGCUCUCACAAACAGAGGAUCACACUCAUUUUCUAUUAAGUUACCCCUCUUUGGCAUGUCUCAGUGAAUCUAAAGACCCACCCAAACUCAAAGUGCGCCGACUGCGGUACUUUGAGAAGGUUACAGUGGCUCUGUCAGAGGCCAAAUAUAAACUGCAGGAGGUUCUUGGUGAAGAAUACGCAAAGAUCUCAAGGACAGUAAAUGAAGUGGAUGUUUUACCAUCAAAUCAACAGGCAGAGCCCACGACCAGAUCUGACUUCUUACAGUACACACGCCAAGUAACUCUGGAUCCAAACACUGCAAACGCACAUCUGUCACUAUCCAAGGGGAACAGAAAGGUAAUUUUCAUGCAGAAAGAACAGGAAUAUUCUUCUCAUCCAGAAAGGUUUGAAGGGUGCUGGCAGGUCCUGAGUAAAGAGAGUCUGACUGGGCGUUGCUACUGGGAGGUGGAGCGGAGUGGGAGAGGACUUUUUAUAGCAGCUGCAUACAAGGAUAUCAGCAGAGCAGGACACCUCAGUGAUUGCCUGUUUGGAUCUAAUGACAAGUCUUGGGCAUUAGAUUGCUGCCAAAAUAGCUGUCAAUUCAAGCAUAACAACAAAAAAACUCGCAUUCAACAGGAGGGGACCUCCAGAAUAGGAGUGUACCUGGAUCACAGUGCAGGUAUUCUGUCCUUCUACAGCGUCUCUGAAACCAUGACUCUCCUCCACAGAGUCCAGACCAAGUUCACACAGCCUCUUUAUGCUGGACUGUGGCUUUCAGAUGAGGCUGCUGUUGAGAUGUGUUAGCUCAAGAAGACAGGAGUUAUUGAAGAGCAGAUAUCUGCUGUCAGUCAAACGGGAUGCAGGAACACUUAACCAGUAUAUGCAUGAAAAGUAAACCAUGUAAGUGAAAGUACUUAAAGCAUUGUGGUGUAACUAUUGAUGGAUGUCUAAACACUCUUACUAUUGUGGAGGUAAACAAUGUGUUAUUUUAUUAACUUAGUGUACUUUUUGUUUUUACUUUUGGGGGUUUUUAAGAGACUUUUUUUUUAAAGAAAUAAGAACAUUGCUUCAUUUUCUAUGUAUGUUUGUACAGUAUAUAAAUUAACAUUCUGCUAGAGCAUUGUUUAGAUUUUAAAUUCAAUUUUCAAUUUUAUUUAUAAAGUCCACAAAUCACAGUUGACUUCAGAGGGCUUUACAGCAUAUGACAUCCCUCUGUCCUUGGACCCUCACAGUGAAUAAGGAAAAACUCCCCCCCAAAAAACCCUUUAACAGGGAAAAAACAGUAGGAAACUCAGCAAUCUGAAUGAAUUACUAUUAUAGACUACAACAAACCCGAGGUGGAUGGGGUAAUGGGAAAUGAACUACGAGGUAGGCAGUCAAAAUGGCGCAUUUACUGCCUGUAUGUGAUGCAGUUUUGCUAGAUGUUUACAAAGAUUGCUUGUGUUUCUACCCUUACAUGCACAGGAGGUGAUGAACUUGUGGCAGCAAGCAGUGUUGGCAUCAAUUGACUUGCUUUGCACUGACUAAAUGACUUGGUUACAUUGGCAGUUAAUAGGCCAAUUGAUUAAUGAUUCCCAUUGAACUUUGUCUCCAUCUUCCCUUUAAGUGGUACCAAGUUACAGACUUGUAUCCAGGAAACAGUUUGAAUUUAUUUGGAAACUAUGGGCCCCUAGAAUAAAGUGCCGGUAUCUAUGUUUACCAACUAAUCUGCCUAACUUACAGACUUUUGAGUCUAACGUUACUGUGCUUGUUCACAUAUGCAGAUAAUGAGUACACACUUUGAACUUAACCGACCAUGUAAAGUCUACAUCUUCAAGUCACAUUGUGGUUGACUUUGAUUGGCAGUGCAUGUUCAAAAUCAAUGACACUCCCGCACAGUGGCUUCUCUGUGAGUUGGCACUAAUACAGUGGUUCAUUAUUCAUAUUGUGAUUGAUGAUUCAUAUCUUUUGAUUCAUAUCUAACAGGAAACAAAAAAAAAAAGAAAAAAAAAACAGUAGCGGGUUUCCGUGUGACAUGUACAGUAUGUCAUCACAAAAAUGUUGCUACUCACAUUUGACUCCAUCAGAUCCUGCCAGUAAAAACAAGCAAAUUGUCAGGCUGAAAGUAUCGUCACCAUCAUGUGAACAUUGCACAAUUAGUUGAUACUAAAAUAACAAUAUGGGAUCAUAAAUUUCCCACUUCUUUUGUAUAUUUUACUGCCUUAGCUCUGAAUAUGUUUCUGUAACAUUACCAGGAAAAACACCAGUGCAUUCUCUGUACAUUUGUGUUACUUGGCUGUGAUAGGCAU